AUGGAUAAGAGGCUAGGGCGCACACACAAUGGCUGGGUAGACGAGUUACCAUUGGUACUCUGGGCACACCGCACAACGCCCAAGCAAAGCAAUGGUAAAACUCCAUUUUCCCUUGCAUUUGGAUCAGAAGCUGUCCUACCAGCAGAAAUACAGGUCUCCACAUGCCGAAUGGCAAACAUUACGGAGGAGGACAACGACACAGAAAUGCGUCUCAAACUUGAUCUUCUAGAAGAAAGACGAGAAAUUGCGUCAAUAAGGGAGGCCACAUAUAAACAGAGAAUUGAGAAAUAUUACAACAAAAGAGUCCACCCAGACAGCUUUAAGGCCGGUGACUUUGUCCUCAGGCUAAAUAGCGCUAAUCAAGUGGAGUAUCAAGGAAAGAUGGGGCUAACUUAG